AUGGUGGUCCUCCUGUAUACCGAGUUGUGCCGGAAAUCAAUAUUUCUCGCUGUGCGUCGGUAUGGAGAGUGGCAUCUCCGUAAUUCCUCCCAAAUCGAGCCCCAAUCUCCAAACCCCUUUCAACAGUUCCCCACAAAAUCCGACCGUUACAGAAUCCCCCCGAAUCCGACCGUUACGAAAAUCCGCCCUUUCCCUUUUCAAAACCCUCCUUCCUCUGUUUCAUCCCUCACUCAUCUCUCUCUCAACUUACUUUCUCUCUCUAAAACCUUAGUUAUGUCCUCUUCCUCCGCCGUCCACCCGCUAACCCAAAUCGCCGAGAGCCCAACCCACAAGCUCCUCCUCAAGCAAUGGCUGAACGAAGAGACCCUCAUCGCCCGACGAAUCUCCCUCAAAGAAUCAAGAAUGGACGCAGUCCGAAGAGAAAUCAUAACCCUCUACUGCUCCUUCUUCAUAUUCCACUCCGUCAUCCUCCUCCUCCUCCUCUCCUCCUCAUCCUCUCCUUCAGCUUGCCGCCGUUCUUGGAUCCCCUGCCUCUGCUCCGUCGCCAUCUCCAUGGCCAUUCUCUGGGCCAUCCGAUACAAGACCGACACCGAGGCUCAUAUCGAGAAGCUUCUCGAGAGGGAAAAGGAAGACGGCCUUCUUUUGUUCAAGUGCGUGGAGGAGUUGAAGAGGAAAGGGACGGAGUUCGAUUUGCUGAAGGAGGUGGAUGCGUUGAGGAGGGCGAAGAGCUUGAGGGUGGAGACGAUGAAGGGAGGAGAUGCGGUCAGGAAAUGGUCGGCGAGGGAUUUGGUGAUGUUGGUCUUGUUCGGGGCUUCUGUUGGGGUUUUGGCGCUCACCAGGGUUGUGAUGUGCAGCCACUGAUUAGGGUUUUAAUGAAACUGGGGGGAUUUUUUUUUUUUUUGGGGGAUUCUUGAAUCGCAGAAUGAUCUGUUCUGCUGCUGGGGUUUCUUUUGGGUAGGGGAAGUUUUAUUGAUUUGAAUAAAGAUUUUGGUGUGGUAUAUGGAUA